CCAAUAUUGGCGGUGUUCCUCCACCCAGGGAAGAAGAUCCCGAUCUCGGUGAUGGUGGUAAUUUUCUGGCUUCCGAGGUGACCGAAAUAUUACCACCAACACCGAAGUCUGGGAUCGUCUCCCCCCUGUGGAGGCAGCCCCCUGUCUUGGUGUUGGUGCCCAUUUCCAGGCCUCCAAGGUUGGCAUUGAGGAGCCGGCGCCCAGCGCGGGGGGGAGCGUGGAGGGCCCCGCGAUGGCGCCCACGGCCGCCGCGAAGCGCAUGCCAGACCGCAGGGGCAGUCGCCCCCCGCCGGACGGGAACCUCCAGUGGCUGUCCAAGAGGCUGACCUUCAUCCUGCGCCACGGAGCGGCGAAGGUCGGCCUCAGUGUGGACAAGUGCGGGUGGGUGAACGUCGCCGACAUGCUUCAGCUGAAAGACUUCAAGGGCGUCCAGCUUCCACAGCUCAAGAGCGUGGUGCGCGACUGCCCGAAGCAGCGCUUCGAGCUGAAGGACCCCCUCGCCGACGGUGAGCCUGUCAAGAUCCGCGCCACCCAGGGACAUUCCCUGACGCAGGUGAGCGACGAGAUGCACAGGCCCAUCCUCACCGUCGCGGACAUCGGGCAGGAGCAGGUCGUCCACGGCACCUACUUAGAGGCCUGGAACAAGAUCCGCAGGGAGGGGCUCAAUAGCAUGGGGCGGAACCACGUUCAUCUGUGCUUGGGGCUCCCAGGCUCCGGCGUGAUCAGUGGCAUGAGGUCGAACGCGACGGUCGCCGUGUUUGUGGACCUGGCUUCCAUGCUGUCGUCAGGAGUCGAGGUGGUGCAGUCGCCGAACGGCGUCGUGCUCACCGCGGGAGACGGCAGGAGCGGCGUCCUCUCCACGCGCCACUUCAAGACGGCCGUGUGGCUCGGGCCGCCCAGGACGGUGCUCUGGGAGCGCGGCGCCGACAGGACGUCUGACGCCUGCAGGGAGGUGCCGCAGCUGUUCCGGGCGCUGACGGAGAGCUACGGCGUCUCCCCAGACGAGUUCCUGGUCAAGGCGCAGCAGCAGCCGCAGCAGCACCACCCGCCGCAGCAGGAGGACGGGCGCGGGCAGACGUCGUCCUCCGCGCCGCCGGCCCGCGGGCGCCGGUGGGCCUCGCAGCCGCCGCCGCAGGCGGCCCCAGCAGCGCCGCAGCACGUGGAGACGCGUGCAGAGCUGCUGCCUGGAUUGGCUCCUCAGUGGACGGAGGCACCCGCGCUGCCCGCGCUGCCGCCGCCCGACCCGGCCGCGUGGGCGGCGGCCACGGCGCCCCGCACGGAGGCACCCGCGCUGCCCGCGCUGCCGCCGCCCGCGCUGCCGCCGCCCGACCCGGCCGCGUGGGCGGCGGCCACGGCGCCCCGCAUGGAGGCAGCUGCGCUCGCGCCAGCGUUCCGGCCGCCUGUGGCGUACACAUCAGGACGGGGCCCGACAAGGGCGGAGCUGGAUGCGCCGCCGGGCCAUGGCUGCGGCCGGCCCUGGCGGGAACCCACGAGGGCGGAGGUGGAGGCGCCGCCGGGCCAGGGCUGCGGCCUGGCCUGGCGGGAACCGACGAGGGCGGAGGUUGAGGCGCCGCCAGGCGACCGCGGGGGGGCCUGUCGGACUUUUUUCCCCACUGCCACUGCUCCCCUCCUCGCCCCCUCCUCGCCCCCUCCCCUCCCUCGUGCCGCGUUCCCGUGUCGGCUGCCCGCCCCGCUUCUCCCCGGGCCGAUGCUGCACAGUGCUGGCGCUGCACCGCUCGCGCGCUCCUUCGGUGUCCGCCCCAGUGCUCGACGCCAGGGCCCCAGGCCCCCGACGUCGUGCUUUUUUCGCGACGUCGAGCCCCAGAGGUCUGGACCCCUUCCCCGGGACCGGUU